UCCGUCCCCGAAUAAGAGUCGCUAAUUUCCUUUUCGGGAUGUCCCCCAAUAAGAGUCACUCUUCCCACUUACCAUUUUUGGACAUCAAAAUUACCCUCUAUUUUUACCAAAUUUUACAUAAAAUGCCAUUAUUUACACUUAAAAAAAAAGAAAAUAGAAAGUGCUAACCCUAGUCUACUCUCACUCUCGAUUUCAACUCUCUCACUCCCGACUCUCUCCCUCUCUCACUCCCGUAAACAUCUCUCUCAUUACUCCUCUUUCUCUCUGCCUCACUCCGCCUCCCUCCGCCUCCCUCCGAAACGAUGGACACCCCUGAAUCACCGCCGGACUGGGUUGAUGGCGACGCAAUAGGUCGUCGGUCCGUGGUUCACGGUGUUCCACCGUUCAUAGGCGACGACGGUUGUGAAGGGCCGACACCUCCCGAUUUGGUGUUUGACGGAUCUGAAACCGAAGAUCCGUUGGACGCUAUGGAUGGAUCUGAAACUCAGCCUCCGUCCGAGGGCUUCUACGUUCCUGACAGUGAAUCUCCGUCCCCAUUAAUCGACGGAUCUGAAACCGAAGAUCCGGCUAAGGGUUUCGACGGAUCUGAAACCGAAGCCCCCUUUGAUUGGCCGGACUUCAAGCCGCCUUCAGGCUAUGUUAAUCUGGGGGAAAGCGAAGCACCUCUGUUCGGUUUGGAUGACAUCGGGGAAGGCAUAGAUGGAGCAAUGCAGCCGGCGGUGGAGCCAAACAGGGAGUACAUCGACAAUGAAAAAGCUAUGCUCUUGAUCAUGUUUCCUUGCAUGAAGGAUAUCUUCUGAUUUGUUCCCCUCUGUCCAUCUGCUGCUUACUGAUGUGCCAUAUUCUCUCUGCUGUCCUUUUGUGGAUGUUGAAUUUAUUGGCAGCCUCUGCACAAGAACCUCUUGGCAGCACUCC